UUCAUCCAGUCCAGCAGAGGGCAGUAACGAGUGACCGACCAUUCAAACUAGAUACUUCUAGUUCCGUUCCGUAGCUUGCAGCAUCAAUCUAAGCAAAGAAAAAUACGACUUACCAUCACAAUGGCUGAGGUGGAAGAGACGAUCAAAAGGAUUCAGAGUCAGAAAGGAGUACAAGGAAUCAUCAUUGUUAAUGCAGAAGGCAUCCCUAUCAAAAGCACUCUUGACAACUCAAGCACAGUUCAGUACGCUGGUAAUGUCCACCAGCUGCUCAUGAAAGCUCGGGGAAUGGUGAGGGACAUCGACCCUCAAAAUGAUCUCACCUUUCUCAGAGUCCGAUCAAAGAAGAAUGAGAUUAUGAUUGCCCCAGACAAGGACUAUUUCCUGAUCGUCAUUCAAAAUCCUACGGAGUAGCCCCUGGAUUCUUCAUAGUUGCCGAAAGUGUUUCAAUUCAUGUUCUAGGAAAGUGAAGUUCUUGCUUAUUGCAAUAGUCAGUUUGUACUGCUGUUGCUUAUCAUUCCAAUAAUAUGCUCUUUAUUUGUAAUUUAUUGUUUUCUCAUAUUGUCUCUUUUGCAACUUCAGCUGUUCAUCAUCUGUAAGCAUCAACAUGACACUAUGACACACUCUACUUGUUUGUGUUUGCUAAAAGGACAAUAAAACAACAAUGCCUUUCCUUUCA